GGCGCUAGUCGCCAUUUAGCGCGGAGAAUUAGCCGGGCCGGGCCGGGCCGGGCGCAGCGGCUCCUCCCCCCUACCCUCGCGAGGGAGACACCCGGGCUCCCCGACCGGGGCCUUGCGGAGGAGGCGGCUUCGCGGGCGGCCCCGGUGAGAGACCCGCGAGGGGGGUUUCCGGCUCCCCGCGAGGCGCCGGCAGGCAGCGAGGGGGCCGGCCCCGCGGAGAGCGGUUACUUCCUACCGGGAGGAGGCCGAGGUCGCCAUGGGCGCCGUGUGAGGCGAGAGCUCCCUCAGGCUCCGAGUGACCGGGCCGCGCUUCUCUCCCCCGGCGGGGCGUGCCCCACGGGCCUGCUCGCCCCUCUCGCGGCAGGGGAGUGCGGGGCCUGCGCCCCCGGCCUGGGCCUGCCUCGCUCCCCACCCCCAGCCCGGGGGGCCAGUCGCUUUUCCUCUCCGAGAGCAGCUGGGCUGUCCCGCUGGAGGCAGCCAGCGGCUUCUCCCGGCCCGGCACCUGCCUCAGGCUCCUCUCGACUUCUCCCCCCUAGUGCCGUGUCCUGGUCCCGCUGCUGUCGCUCCAUGUCGGCCCCGCUGCCCGGCUCCCCGCUGCAGGAUGGAUGUGGACGCUAAGCAGGGACCCACCCCGCCGCUGGCCCAGCCGCCGCCGCCAAGCCCCGCUUUGAGGAGCCCUUGGGACCCUCCUCUGUUGCAGCAGCAGCCGGACGCGCUCCCCGCUCAGUGACACCUCCCAUCCUCUCAGCAGCGCUACCCCGAGCCCCGCAGCACCAUGUCGGAGGGCGCCGCAGAGAGCAGCAGCCCGGCCCCCCGCUUCCUGGCUCCCCCGCCGCCUCCGCCCAAGAACGGCUCUAGCUCGGACAGCUCCGUGGGGGAGAAGCUAGGAGCCGUCGCUGACCAUGAUGGCUCGGGGGCCGGAGGAGCAGGCGGCGAGGUGGGAGGCGGGGGCCGGAGCGAGGAAUACCGGCGUCGCCGUCACACCAUGGACAAGGACAGUCGUGGGGCUGCAGCCACCGAGCACCGCUUCUUCCGCCGUAGCGUGAUCUGCGACUCCAAUGCUACAGCUCUGGAGCUGCCUAGCUUGCAGCCCGCAGCACCCCCGGCCGUCGCCACUCCCGGGAGUAUCACCCCGCUGCUGGGCUCCCCUCCUGAACCCGCUAGCCAGACCCCCUGCAUCUCUGUCACCCACGUCCCCUUGCUAUUGUUGCAACAGCCGUCUCUGUCGCUUCCCCACGAGGAGCAACCCAUUCAGGAGCCCCCUGCAGCAGAGGACAUCGCCCCGCUACUGCCCAAAGGAGAGGCAGAGGAAGCCGCCCCUUUACCUCCUACCAACACGGCAGGCAGUGCAGCCACCGCCAGCCGGGAGCUCCAGAACCGACAGCAAGAGGAUAUCGAGGAGUUAGAGACCAAGGCGGUGGGCUUCUCCCUUGAUGGCCGCUUCCUCAAAUUCGAUAUUGAGAUUGGAAGAGGCUCCUUCAAAACUGUCUACAAGGGGCUGGACACCGAGACUACGGUGGAAGUUGCCUGGUGUGAAUUACAGGAUCGGAAGCUGUCAAAGUCAGAGCGGCAGAGAUUUAAAGAGGAAGCUGAAAUGCUGAAAGGGCUCCAGCAUCCUAAUAUUGUUCGGUUCUAUGAUUCCUGGGAGUCUACAGUGAAGGGAAAGAAAUGUAUUGUUCUCGUGACAGAACUCAUGACAUCUGGAACGUUGAAAACGUAUUUGAAAAGGUUUAAAGUGAUGAAAAUCAAAGUACUACGAAGUUGGUGCCGUCAGAUAUUGAAGGGCUUGCAGUUUCUGCACACACGCACUCCUCCCAUUAUCCACCGGGACCUGAAAUGCGACAACAUUUUCAUCACUGGCCCCACUGGAUCAGUCAAGAUAGGAGACCUGGGUCUGGCAACUCUGAAACGAGCCUCCUUUGCCAAGAGUGUGAUAGGUACCCCAGAGUUCAUGGCACCCGAGAUGUAUGAGGAGAAAUACGAUGAAUCCGUUGAUGUAUAUGCUUUUGGGAUGUGUAUGCUUGAGAUGGCCACGUCUGAAUAUCCUUAUUCUGAGUGCCAAAAUGCUGCGCAGAUCUACCGUCGAGUGACCAGCGGAGUCAAGCCAGCUAGCUUUGAUAAAGUAGCAAUUCCUGAAGUGAAGGAGAUCAUUGAGGGAUGCAUCCGACAAAACAAAGAUGAAAGAUAUGCUAUCAAGGACCUUUUGAACCACGCUUUCUUCCAGGAAGAGACUGGUGUGCGGGUAGAACUAGCAGAGGAAGAUGAUGGAGAGAAGAUUGCCAUCAAGCUCUGGUUACGAAUUGAGGAUAUCAAAAAGCUUAAGGGCAAAUACAAGGACAAUGAGGCAAUAGAGUUUUCCUUUGACUUGGAGAGAGAUGUCCCAGAGGAUGUAGCACAAGAAAUGGUGGAGUCAGGGUAUGUCUGUGAAGGGGAUCACAAGACAAUGGCCAAAGCGAUCAAGGACAGAGUGUCUCUGAUCAAGCGAAAGCGAGAGCAGCGUCAGUUGGUGCGAGAAGAGCAGGAGAAAAGAAAGCAGGAAGAAAUCAGUCAGAAGCAGCAGUUGGAACAGCAGCUACAAACAAAUGCUACCCAGGCAGGGGCAAAGCAUCCUCCAUCUGCCACUGGCAUCACUGCCAUCCCCACUACUUCAGCAUCAGUGUCCACACAAGUAGAGCCCGAAGAGCCAGAGGCUGAUCAGCACCAACAAUUGCAAUAUCAACAGCCCGGCAUAUCUGUUCUGUCUGAUGGGGCAGUUGACAGUGGUCAGGGAUCAUCUGUUCAUACUGAAUCAUGUGUGACUAGCCAACAGACUGUGUCCUAUGGUUCCCAGCAUGAACAGACUAUCUCAACAGCUACAGUCCAGGGAUACACAACUUCAGCUGGUCAAGUGCAGUCUCAACAACAUGGAGGAUAUCAGCCACCCACAGUGCCUCAGUCUCUGGUGCAUCCGUGUCGGGGAACACCAACGUUCCCAGAUUCACAGAUAUUUUUCCCAACCAUUCAUGAACGGCCAGUGUCUUUCUCGCCACCACCUGUCUGCCCGCCGAAGGUCACCAUUGCUCAGCGGCGCAAGAGUACCUCCUUCUUGGAAGCCCAAACGUGCCACUUCCAGCCCUUGCUGAAAACUGGCCAGAGUUUACUUCCACCUGGUGGUAGCCCCACAAAUUGGACACCAGAGGCAGUCGUUAUGCUGGGCACUACAGCUCAUAAGGUCACUGGAGAGCCCCUACAUGUGCAAGUCAGUUCAGUACCUCCUGAGGAUGCUCACUAUAGAAUGCCACAAGAAGCAGUGUACUUAGUGGGCAUGCAGUACCAGCCACAGUUGCCAGAGCAUUAUGAUACAGUAGCAUAUAAUUCCUAUGGGACUGAACAGUACUUGAAACAGGUGCCUGAACAGAAGCAUGUGCAAGAUGGCCCUCUUCAGAGCUCUGUUUAUGACUACCAAUCUGGGCAGACCUUCCUGCCAAGACAUUUACAGAGCUUGAGGCUGGAUUCUGGAAUGAGCCCACUUUCACCAUUGUCCAGUGUUUCAUCUCCAUUAAGUGCAGAUUCCACACAGUUGAAAUGUCACCAGGUAUUUGUUCCUCAUUCUGCACCUGCUGUGCUUACUCACAGUGGUGAUGGCAGAACAAGCUGUGUUUUUGAGUUCCAUGUACACACACCAAAUUCGGCUCCAGGAGAAGGGGGUAUCUUACCCCAACGUAUUUACAGAACCUGCCGGGGGUCAAUGGAUUUUAAUCAGGAGGAGUCCACUCAGGCAACAGGGUUGCAUGGUCGCCUCCAGCCUGUGACAGAGGAACUGUGUAACUACCUUGUUCCUGAGCUAACAGUACCCAGAGCGGGAUCUAUCAGAAAGAGCUGGCCAGAAGGAAGUCCGGAAUACUCAAGUGAUUCAUCACAGCUGACUUCCUCCGACACUGGUGAUUUCCAGUCUCCUCCCCCAACAGGGGUGUUGUCUACAGCUUUUGGUUCAGACUUCUCGUUGCCCAUUGUCCCAUUGCCUCAGAAGAUAUUUCAAGAGUCGCAGCUCUUCAUCUGUUUCCAACAGGGAGCCUCAGCUCAGCAGGCCUUGUCCACCUCGCUUUCAUCAGGACCACCUGCACUCUACCCUCAGACACAGGUGCAAGGCCAGCCAGUCUCAAGUAGUAUAUCAGUGGGGGUACCAUGCCAGCCUACACAGCAAAGUCAGCAGAGUGCACAGCAGCUGGCUCCUUCCCAGCAGACAGGACAGUACCAGCUGCAGCAGUCAUCCGUUUCCAGUGGAGCUACCCCAUCACAACCAGUUUCUCAAACUCAGACUCCACUGAUCAUGCCGAUGCCUCAGGUACCAGCUGGAACUCAGCUUCCUGUUUCCCAAGCAGUGCCGAUCAUCCAAGGCGAACCUCCAUUACCUGUUUCAGCACCUUCUCUCCCUCAACCUUCAGUUGCCCCAACCAUCCCCAUUGGCUCUCAUUUUCUCCCUAUGGGACAGCCCUUGUCAACCUCCCUGCUCCCCCAGUUCUCAGUCUCUCAGCUCCCCAUAGCAGCAUCUCAUGCGUCAGUGGCUCAGCCAGGCUUCCAGUCUCUGCCUAUCUCUAUGGCAGCUGGCAUUAACCAGCCACUACUCACUCUGGCCACAUCUGCUGCAGCAGCUGCUAUCCCUAUAGGAUCAACCAUUGUCCCUAGCCAGCUUCCAGCUGUUCUACAGUCUGCGGCCCAGCUGCCCAGCCAGGUUCUCCCACAGCUCCUGCAGCCAGCUGUUCAGUCCAUGGGAUUACCAGCCAGCCUUGGACAAGCUGCUGAAGCUGCACUUCCAGCUGGAGAUGCUUUGUAUCAGGGCUUCCCACCUCGGCUGCCGCCGCAAUACCCAGGAGACUCAAAUGUUGCUCCCUCCUCUGCUGUGGCCUCUGUUUGCAUACCUUCUGCAGUACUGUCCCCUCCCUUACCCACUGAUGCAUUGGCUCAGCCAGGCUAUCUUGCUGCAAUGGUGCAGCCUUAUGUGGAACAGAACAUUUCAGUUCCUCUGGGCGGUCUAGGAGGACAGGUUCAAGUGCCACAGCCUGCAGUGAGUUUAGCACAGCAGGUCUCAUCUGCGUCUUCACAGCAGGGAGCUUUAGAGAGUACUCAGGGAGCCUCACAGGCUGCUCCUUCAGAAUCUGUACCAUCAGCACAGCAACAGCUUGCACAGACUACUCCAUUGGUCUCCUCACUAGACAGUGCACAUUCUGAUGUGGCUUCGGGCAUGAGUGAUGGGAAUGAGAAUGUGCCAGGAUCUAGUGGGAGACAUGAAGGGAGAACCACCAAACGCCAUUAUCGGAAGUCUGUACGCAGCCGCUCUCGGCACGAGAAAACUGCUAGACCAAAACUGAGAAUUCUCAAUGUUUCGAACAAGGGUGAUCGGGUGGUUGAGUGCCAGCUAGAGACACACAAUCGGAAAAUGGUUACUUUCAAAUUUGACUUGGAUGGUGACAACCCAGAGGAAAUCGCGAUAAUUAUGGUGCAGAAUGAAUUUAUUCUAGCAACUGAGAGAGAUUCAUUUGUAGAGCAGGUACGAGAGAUCAUUGAGAAAGCCGAUGAAAUGCUCAGUGAGGAUGUCAGUGUAGAGCCCGAAGGUGAUCAGGGCUUGGAGAGUAUGCAGACGAAAGAUGACUGCUUCUUUCCAGGGUCCCAGAAAUUGGAGGGAGAGUUCAAACAGCCAGAUCCUGUAUCUUUCAUGCCGCAGAGAAUUGGGGUUCCUCCCAGCUCUUUCACCCAGGUUGUCCAUUCUGCUGGAAGACGGUUUAUUGUCAGUCCUGUCCCAGAGAGUCGGUUAAAAGAACAGUUUUUCACCUCUUCUAUUCCUGCAGGAAAGGAACUUCCAGAUAUUGUUGCUUCCUCUUCAUCACAUGGUCCUGGGAUGAAUCUGUCUCAUUCUGCGUCAUCACUCAGUCUGCAGCAAGCUUUCUCUGAGUUCAGGCAUACUCAAAUGACAGAAGGACCCAGUACAGCUCCUCCAGUUUUUAACCAAACUAUACCACCAUUUCCACCUGUACUUGCUAACAUGGCUGGGAGUCUACCAUCUACAUCAGUGGCUCCCCUCCCAGCAUCUCCCCCCUCCCCCACUGGUAUUGCUCUUCCAGUAGCUCAGCCUGUUGUUCCCCUGCCUACAGAAAAGGUGCCAGCUGGAGUUGCACCAAGCACAGGUGUUUCAGGCUCCAGCUCUCCCACAACAUCCCAGGCUGGGCACCAAUUAAUUGGUGGAGUGUCUUCCAGUAUGAGUGCACCUGCUUCUUUUUCAUUAACUGUUACAUCGCAGACUGCUCAACCACUGACUGAAGAAGUUGUCCCUAAUAUCAGCGCACCUGCUUCUUUAACAUUGCCACCAACACAACAGAUUCCUGUCAUGGCUGGCUCCAGUGUUAGUGCCCCAAGUGCUGUACCCCCACCUGCGACAUCUCCGCCUGCUCAACAGAUUUCAAGUAGUAUGGAGUCAGUGACAGCUCCGCAAACAUCUGUAGCCCCAACUAUGGCUCAUAAUGUGACUUCACAAACUCCUCAGCUCAGCAGCAGUAGCUCCACCCCCAGUCUGGCAGAAACAGUUGUUGUAAGUGUGCUACACUCAAAGCCUGAGGAUGGACAGUCAGUAGAUAAAUCAAAGCAGUGUAGUACAGCUGGCUUGUCCCUUCCUAUCUCUGCACCAUUGUCCUCUGCAGUGGCAUCAAGUAUAUCUAGUUCAGUCCCUCAGCCUGCUGUGGUGCAUCCUUUACUCAUCCCAUCAGCAGUUGCAUCAACACCUGUCCUACCCCAGGCAGCAGCUGCAAUCUCUACCCCCAUGUUACCCCAGGUGCCUUUAUCUGGCAUCCUACCACUGACGCAGCCAGUUGCUAACUUGCCUGCAGUACAGCAGACCUUGAUACACAGUCAACCUCAACUUGCUCCGCUACCCAAUCAACCUCAUACUCAGUGUCUGGAGGCUGAUGUUGACACUCAACCCAAAGCUCCUGGCAUCGAUGACAUAAAGACCUUGGAAGAAAAGCUACGAUCUCUAUUCAGUGAACAUGGCAAUGUUGGAGCAACACAUCCACCAGUAUCUCUGGAGACAUCACUGGUAAUGGAGACGACAGUCAUGCCUGGUGUACCAACGACUGCUGUUGCACCAACUAAACCUAUGACCGCCACUACCAGCUCUAGUAUACCACCAGUUAGUUUGCCCCUUGGACCAGCUGGCUUACCAGUGAUGACACCAGUUGCCACACCUGGUCAAGUGGGCAUUCCUGUCACCUAUGUUCCAGCAUCAGGCAACAUUGCAACAACAGCAGUGAAACCAGUGACCCCUCCCUCAAAGCCACCUCUUAGCAGGGUACCGGUGCUACCGGUAGGUUUUGAACUUCCAGCUGGCACUCCAUCCAGCGAACAGCUGCCACCCUUUCCAGGACCUUCACUAACUCAGUCCCAGCAGCCUCUAGAAGAUCUGGAUGCUCAGUUGAGAAGAACCCUCAGUCCAGAGACUGUCCCAGUGACAUCUGCUCCUGCCUGUCCUGUGCCAGCAAUGGCUUCUACCACAGUUACUGGAGUGGUGUCUGCACCAGCACAGCCCCUGAAAGAAGCAUCACAGGAUGCAGACAGCAGUGCAACGACUACCACUGCAGGCGCUGGAGUUUUUAAGAUGGGACGAUUUCAGGUAUCUGUGGCAGUGGAUAGUGUACUGAGAGACAGUGACGGUAAACCUGAAGAAACUAAGCCGGUGCAUUUUGAGACAACCUCCUCUGAUUCAUCUUUGUCUGGCAGCAGUCCAGAGAGUACGCUUGUGAAGCAGACUUCCAAUGGGACAACAGAGGCUACCACUGGUACCUCCUUAGAUGUGACAGAUGAUGCUGUUUCACGGACAUUUCCUGCCAUACAAUUGCCAUUAGAGGCUGGGCAGCCAACUAAAGUUGGGCGCUUUCAAGUGACGACAACAACGGACCAAGUGGGUCGCUUUUCUGUGUCCAGGACUCAAGAUGAGGUCACCUGUGUGGAGAGAGAACCCCCAAUGACUCUUCCUCUUUCUGUGGAUUCAGAACAAGUUUCUCUUCCAGCCAUGACUCCAAAGAAAGAGGUUCCAGAAUUGGUGGAGCCAAGGCAGUCUCCGCUUAUGAAUGGGCCAUCAUCUGAUCUGGAGGCUGCCUUCCUGAGUGGAGCGGCUCAGGAACUGGAUGAUGGCUCAGGUAGCCCAGACUCUCUCCAACCACUGGGUUCAAAGAUCAGCCUCCCCAUCCAAAGCUUUAGCAACUCAUUGAAUUCUUCUUACAUGAGCAGUGAUGAGUCAGAUAUUGAAGAUGAAGACUUGAAAUCAGAGCUACGCCGGUUGCGGGAAAAGCACUAUAAAGAGAUCCAGGAGCUGCACAGUCGCCAGAAGCAGGAGAUUGAAUUGCUGUACACCAAACUGGGAAAGGUCCCCCCUGCAGUAAUCAUCCCCCCAGCUGCUCCUCUCUCCGGGAGGAGGAGGAGACCUACUAAAGGAAAAGGCAGUAAAUCCAGCCGCAGCAGCUCCCAGGGUAAUAAGAGCCCUCAGCUGCUAGGCAAUCAGUCUUCUCAGAGUGCCCCCUCAGUCUUGCCCCCCCAGCAGACCCUUCAUCCUCCUGGAAAUGUCCCAGAGACUGGGCAGAACCAUCUGUUACAGCCCCUUAAACCAUCUCCUUCUAGUGAGAACCUCUACUCUGCCUUCACCAGUGAUGGUGCUAUUUCGGUACCAAGCCUUUCUGCACCAGGCCAAGGCUGUGCGAAGUUUAACUGUGCAUCUGAGCGGGUGACGUUCAAGCCUGGUGGCAGGAGGACCCGAUUUCUGAGUACGCCCUGCUUGGCUCUUUGGAAGAUGGUGAAAAAAGUCUGUCCUUGCAACCAGCUCUGUAGGACCAGCAGCACCAACACAGUUGGGGGUACAGUGAACAGCCAGGCAACCCAAUCUCAGCCUCCUGCCAUAACUUCCAGCCGGAAAGGGACUUUCACAGAUGACCUGCACAAGUUGGUAGACAACUGGGCCCGUGAUGCUAUGAACCUCUCAGGAAAGAGAGGUGGCAAGGGGCAUAGCAACUAUGAGGGCCCUGGAAUGGCAAGAAAGUUCUCAGCACCAAGCCAGCUAUGUAUUUCUAUGUCAUCCUCCCUGGGUGCUACUCCUAUCUCUGCAGCAUCAGCUACCUCUCUAGGUCACUUCACAAAGGCUAUGUGCCCUCCACAGCAGUACGGUUACCCAGCCGCGCCCUUUGCAGCUCCCUGGAGUGGGACAGGUAGUCCAGCACAACCACCCCUUGGUCAAUUCCAGCCUGUAGGAGCUGCCUCUUUGCAAAGCUUCAACAUCAGCAACUUGCAGAAAUCCAUCAGCAACCCCCCAGGCUCCAACCUUCGGACCACUUAGCCAGACCCAGAGACUCUGCUGGGUAGAACUUGGGACAGGAGAUGGGGAGGGAGUUAGGGCUACUAGUGCUGCACUGAACUGGCUAUUUCUGCCAGAAUGGGAAUGAGCUUCCCUUUUCCAACCAUUGCUGUCAGCUCUCGGUAAGGAGAGUUUCUCCAUUUCUGAAGGGGGAGGAGGGUGAUGAGCAUGAACACUCCUGCUCUUGUAUAAGCUGAGCAAUGAAGAUAGAAGUCACUGGAUCAGUGUGAUCUCACUGUAAAAGUACUUCGGUUUGAGUCUGAAUCCACAUGUGCUGAGAUGGAGAGUUUGCUCUUAGCAUGAGGUUUUAACACACUUCUCAUCUUCCCUGAAGAAUCAAGGCCAGGAGAGAAGCUGUCCAAAUCUCCCUCCUCUCCCCCAAACAAUCAUCCUUACCUCCUGAGUGGUAAGACACACAAAUGGACUUGCAGUGCAGCCCAUGCUUGGAGAGAUAGGUCAUUACUGCUUUAAGUAAAAGAUAUUAACAGCUUUGACUGCAGCAUUAGAGCAAUUUAAAUUGUUUAAAAAUAAAUUUUAAAAAGUUCCCUGCGGACAUGUACUUACCAUCAGUUUUGAUGUGGAAACACUGUGAUAUAUAAAUGUUGUUGGACAACAGUAGUUUAAAAAUGAGUGGAAAAUAGAGGGUUAAAAAAAGUUAAAAAUUAAAAAUGGAAAAAAAGCUAGCUAUAUCCUAUACUUAUUGGAGACACUUUAACUUUUUCCUUUGUAUUUUCAUUGUAUUAGAUAAAUGUGAAUGUAAAAUUGUAUAAAUUAAUGUACUUGAAUACUUGUCUGUUCUCCCAGUAUGCUUGCUGGAUAUUUUAGUGCCUUGGACUUUUAUUGCUUCUGCAGUUAGCAUCGCUUUCUCAGCAGGUCCCAGCUGGUCAGAGAGCAAGUUAAGGGAAGAAUGGACUAUUUUGUACCUAGUGACUGAGAAUACCAAAGGGUUAACUAUAUAUAUAGACUAUAUAUAGUCCUACUGUAACUUCGAUAGGGUAGGUGUUGGAAGGAGGGAGAGCCAUUGAGGCUGUAGGUUGGAACAGAGCUUUGGGUGAUGGGGAAACCUGUCCAUGUUGACAGAGUAAGAAGUUGAUGGCACAGUGCUAGUGUAACAAGGGGUGAUAGGCAGAAGUGAUGGAGGGGGAAGAGGAACCUGAAAUGAAACUAACAAAUACUGCCUAGAGCCUUAAGAGGGCUGGAUCGGAACAGAGGAUGGGAAGAAAGUGCAUAUUUUGGAGAAGUUCAACUUUAAAAGUGUUUUGACUAUUAAGCUGUGAUAUGGAAAGUGGUUAGGUGAGGGUGUGUAUGGAGGUGGAGCCAUUACCCUUAGGGGGAUGGAGUUAUCUGCUGGGAUUGCUUUUCUUACCUUUUUUUUUUGUAUCCAUUCGUGCUAGGAGUAGACUUUCCUGGUGCGAUGUCCAUUGCCGGCAAUGGAUGCACUCGAAACAGCCGGCAUCAAGGAAUUCCCUGUUUUAAGCAUGCAGAGGACUUAUGAUUUUGUUCACUCUAAAGAAUUCAAACUGGUACCAGGACCAUAACUAACUGUGCCAUCUUUUAGUAGCUGUAUUGUACCUUCUACUUCUCAACUCAUUUUCCCUUUUUCAUACUGAAAAAUACUGGUUCCCUGUUCAAUGUAGUAAUACUGCAACCAACCAGUAUUACUCUGUAGUGCUGCAACAAGCUGUGAAGGGUCAAAGUACUGCUUCCUGGUACUUGGGAGUAGCUCAGUGGUGUCCUGGAAGUCUCUGCACCAAGGAAAUCUUACUCACACGAAUUUUCUGUGAGCACUGCUCCCUUGUGGGGGGUCUAACUAGGGAGUUUAUACUUUCUGUGGAUGUUUUGCUCUUAUCUCUGAAAACAAACGCACAGGAUCUGUUUCUUUCCCUUCACCUGGUUUUGAUGUUUACAGCAGCUUUGUCAGCCAGGAUACCACUGGCAUAUAUAGGUUGGAAAUGAAGAGUCUGUGGGUGGAGGCUAGUGGCAAGGGGGUUGGGUUCUAACAGUUUCUCAGUAGAUUUUUUUUUUUUUUUUUUUUUAAAUUCUUGGUAAAUAACACAGACGCUGUAGAACCACAGAACGAGAUAAAAGGUUCUCACCAUUGUGUAUGUGUGGUUGGAAGAGGAAGAGAAAAUGUCUGCUGGUAAAAUUAAUCAGAAAACCUCUGCUUUCUGGUUAAAAUGACUGGAGAGGAGGCUCCUGAAUACACCAAGUAUGGGUAGGGAAAACAAUGCUCUGUGUAAUGGAGUAAUUAUACGGCUGAAGCAGUAACAGGAGUGGGGCAACACUUCAUGGCAGAAGAACUGAUCAGCUGAAUGCAGCACAUGGUUAUUUAAUUAUUUUGAUUUAAUAAGUUUGAGGUCGGUUUUUCACUUAACGUUAUGCAAGAACUGGUUUUAUUUACCAUUGAUUUCCCUCCUGUGGAUGAAAUAACUGAAGUCUAGAGGAAUAAACUAAUGCUACUGAACUGUUAAAUUAUUUUGUGUUAAUAUUACACUUUGAGUACCUUUUUUCCACAUAAAAUCUGUUUCUGAAUUACAAGUGUUUUCUUUACAUUAUUUAACGAUGUACACUGUAAAAAAACAAAAAUACACACAAAUAAAAUGAAUUCAAACUUUGGGCUUCCGUGGCCGUAGUUAAUUGUAUGUUUUGCACUAAAUCCAGGCAUUGCGCUUCUUGUACGAUUGCGCUUUGUGCUGCAGUUUGUUACCUUUGUAGAAUAUUUAAUGAAAUCAUUCAAAUAAACCAAACCUGCUUUUGUUGAA